ACUUUUGAAAGUAGGGUAUAGCCUCCCAGAUGGAAAAAUACAUGAAGUCAAAAGGUUGGGAAUCAAGAGGGAAGACAAACUAAUUGGGGGAAGAGGCGACCACAUUGGAAGAAGAACACAGUGGAGAAGUGUAAAGAAAGCUGAUUGAAGCAUUUGGCUGCUUCAGGAACUCUCCUUCCUGGAGAGAAAGAGGAAAGCGAAGGGAUUAACAAGUUGGGAAUACAGAACAGAACCUAACAACAACACCGGACAGAACUGAAACACAUCCUCAGGAUGUCAGCGUCUCGGAAAUGUUUGUGCUGCGUCAAAUAUGUGAUGUUUGUCUUUAACCUCAUCUUCUGGCUGGGAGGAUGUGGACUGUUUGGCGUUGGCGUCUGGCUGUCUUUCACUCAAGCUGAGUUUUCAUCUCUUCCUCUAUCCUUCCCAUCGCUCUCGGCAGCCAAUUUGCUGCUAGUCGCUGGUGGGAUCACUAUGGUAACGGGCUUCCUUGGUUGUCUUGGAGCGCUUAAGGAGCAGCGCUGCCUGUUGUUCAUGUUCUUUGUGAUCCUGUUGCUCCUGGUCCUGACAGAAGUGGCACUCGCACUGGUCAUACACAUCUUUCAAGACCAGCUGGAUUCCAAAGCACAAGGCGAGUUGAAAGAAGGGAUGAAGAGCUAUGAAUCGGAACCUGGGCUUAAAACAUCGUGGGAUAAUGUUCAAAAAAUAUUCAAAUGUUGUGGCAUCACCAAUAAAACUGACUGGUAUGAAGUACUCAAUGGAACGUUGCCAUCGUCCUGCUGCUCUUCCGGGAUUGACCAAUGCACUGAUGGAUGGAGUGAGCCUUGUUAUCAGAAGGCCAGGGAAUGGCUUCUGGAUAACAUUCCAUCUGUUCUGGUGUUUGGGGUGUGCAUUGGUGUCAUUCAGAUCUUAGCCCUGGUGUUCUCCAUGCUGAUGUACUGCCAAAUUACGUGUGCCGAGAAGUAUUUGGACUGACUGUGGACCUGCUGACAAGCCCAUUAAAAUACUGUUUCAAAUACCAAGCCAAGCUACAGUUACCACAGCGCUAAACUGACACACAUUGCAGCAGUGGUAAAACUGUGAUGUUUUAGGGUUUUUUUUUCUUCCCAAUGCGAUCUCAAAAAAACCUUCCGAUUGUUCAUGAAAAGUGUCGAAAAGGUUUGUUGUUGUUUUCCUAAGCAUUUGAAACCAAAACCGACAUGUGCAGUGGAUGUCCUCAAACAUAAAUCAAUGUUUUAAAUCAGAUUAAUACAGUUUUAUGUGCAUAAACACGCACUUGAGCACGUAGUGUUAUGGUUUACGCAACCUUGAUAUUUUUCAAGAUUUUCCUCUGUAGCUAAUUGUUCUAUGGAAUAUCGUAAGAGCAUAGCACAAUUUGGAGAAAUUAAUAAGCAGAAUACUUCCCCGAUGCACUGAAUCAAAAGCUGAUCAUCUCACGACACUGUCACCAUUUGUUUAGGGAGGUAAUUUUGAUAUUCACUUUAUGUUUGUUGUUGGGUAAAAAAAUAUGUUUAUAUUUUCUUCUUGUCAGUGUAGCUAUUUUUGCGUACGGUUAGACCUCUAACCUCUAAAAGUACGCUUUAGACUAUUAUGGUCCAAAGUAUUUGAUGAUCUUUGCCUUGACCCUCACAAUUUGUGCUGCAAAUUAAAUUGAAUUAAUGUAUUUUUUUUGCUAAAAAAUUAGUAACAGCUUACCUUAUCGUAAGAAGCCUUGUUGUCUAUUAGGCACAUUUAGGAUAUGAAAUUAUUUCUGCACUCCGGCUGUUUGUUUCAACAAGUGGGAUUUAAUGAUCUAUGAUAUUUUUCUAUGCUUUUCAAUUUGUUUCUGUGCCUUACAUAUUAUCAUAUUUUGUUGUUCUAUUGUUUGGAGUGUGAUUAUUCGACUGCACUAAAUUAGCUCUAUUGGAUUUGGCCGAUCUGAGCUGAAAUAAAACAAAAAAAAUUCUACAAGAUUCUUUCCAGUCAACAAUUUUAUUUUUUUAAACAUUCCAAAAAAAGCUUCUUUUUUUUUAAACAAUAAAACAUUAUUUUUUUCAAACAUUCCAAAUCAAGAUCUUUUUUUUUUCAUAAAACAAAGUGGGAAAAAAAUACAUUGUACUUUCAAUACACUCACAAUUUCAAGAGUGCAAAAACACACACAAUAAAGCUCACAGAGCCAUUAGAUAAUUGGCACUGAUGCGUAAACUGGCCUUGCUUCACAGACUUGCGCUGACUCCACAUUCAAACUUGUCAAGAAUCAUGUUUUCCCCCAUAUUGCCGACUGACGAACUUGUACAGGCUGUGAAUAAGGCUGUGAAUAAAUAUAGUGUAUAUCAUUGCUUCACCUCUUGUUCCUCUUUUGUUUUGAAAGCGUGUAGUUAGAAAUACCACCAACAGUCAAAUCAGCAUGCUGUUAUUAUUAUUUUGGUACGUUUCAUGCAAGAAUGAUGAUUUUUUUUUCUCUUAAAGCAACACUAGGUAACUUUUCAACCUUUAUAAAAUAUUUUCAUAACAUUUGUGAUAAUAUAUCGACUGACAACUAGUUGAAUGACACCUCUUUUAUAUCUUGAGGGGUUCUGUAUCGUUUUCACCGGUACUAAUUAACUUUGAGGAGGGUGGCAGGAAUCCUGCCACACAAAAAAAACUACAAAUGCGCUGACUGCUUUACGGCAUACGUCACUUCCCCCUUUCCCCAUUCAUUAUAAAGACAGCAGUAGAUGUGAACACUUCCGCGUGAAUGCUGCAAAGAUGGCAGAGCAACAAAAGAGACAAAAUGUUUUGUCUGAGGAAGAAUAAGGAUAUAAGGGCACUCAACAAUAAACAUUGGCCCGGCUUUCACUCGCUGGCGUGACGCCCCCCGUCCCCCAAACCGAACUUGUCAGCGUUG